CACUCGCCCGCUCGAGCUGGCAGUCGUCAUAUUCCUCCUCCUCCCCGUUUCUGCGCAUUUGUCCUCAUGCUUGCGAGGCGCACGCUCGGUCGUAUCGCGUCCCAGUCGACGCUGGGCGCAGCCCCCGCCGGCGCGCGGAACAUGGCGACUCUCCGCGAGAUUGAGCUACGACUCAAGUCCGUGAGGAACAUUGAGAAGAUCACAAAGUCCAUGAAAAUGAUUGCAUCGACUAAGCUGAACAAGGCGCAGCGUGCAAUGCAGGCGGGCAAGCAGUACGGUAUUGCGAACGCCGAGGUCUUCGAGAACUCGCCGGCAGAGCAGUCUUCAAAGCGCAAGUUGUUCAUCGUCAUUUCGUCCGACAAGGGUCUCUGCGGUGGUAUCCACUCCUCCGUCACCAAAGCCACUCGUCGCAUUUUUGCCGAGAAGGACUCCGGCCUUGAUCAUGACUCACCCAUUAUGGUCAUCGGCGACAAGCCCAAGGCGCAACUCGCCCGCGCGCUGCCGAAAAACCUCACCUUGACCUUCAACCAGAUUGGGCGUGACAUUCCGACGUUCGCAGACGCGGCGGGUGUUGCGGACCUGAUCAUCAAGUCGGGCGUCAAGUACGACAGCAUCGCGAUCGUGUAUAACAAGUUCGUGACUGCGAUCUCGUACGAGUCGGCGGUCAUGGAGGUCGAGACGGAGGAGUCGUUGAAGAACUCUCCUGGCUUCAAGGCAUACGAGAUGGAGGACGACGUGACGAAGGACCUUGCGGAGUUUUCCCUGGCAAACGCCAUCUAUGCAACUCUUGUUGAGGGCCAUGCGUGCGAGCAGAGUGCUCGUCGCAACGCCAUGGACAACGCGUCAAAGAACGCGUUGGACAUGAUCGGAAAGCUGCAGAUGCAGUACAACCGUGGUCGCCAGGCCUCUAUUACCAACGAGCUUGUCGACAUCAUUACCGGUGCGAGCGCCCUCUAAGUCGGUCAGUGGCAUGGAGAGAUCGCGGCGUGCAUUUAGAGUAGUCGGACUGUUGCCUCGAUGUCUCGCUGCGGCGUCGUUACAGCGUGUCAAUGGAUAUGUGCCAAUGUAACCUCUCGAUCUGACUGUUGCCGCG